AUGAUGAUCAGCCAAUUAAGUGCUCUAGCUUUUAUUCCAAUUGCCCUAUUACAAUUACUAGUCGUUCAAGCGCAACUUCUCACGGAUACAAAUGCUCAGAAUUUAAAUACGGCCUUGGGCCAAAAGGUGCAAUACACCUUUCUUGACGCUGGGAGUUCCAACGAUCAAUUGCUUCAUCUUCCAAGCACGACGUCUUCGUCCAGUGUUAUAACUAAUAGUUUGGCAAUGGCUAAUUUCACCGGAUCUUCCUCCUUCCCAGUAGUGACUUCCAGCGUCAUCUCAUCUAUAGACUACCAAUCCGCAAACUCUACUAUAACCACUCAGCUUACAACGUCCCCAUCUUCGUCAGCAAACUACACAACGAGCUCCCACACAACCAAUACUAUAGGCUCAAGUACAAGUACGGGUGCCGCAGGUUCAAUCAAGCCAUGUUUUUACUUUGUUGUACUGUUAGAAACAAUCGCUUAUUUGUUUUCCUAA